GGCCAGCAGGGGCCUCAGCAGGGUUAUUACUUGAGUAGGGAGUUGAGGCAGUUUCUUUUUAGAAAUUAGAAGUUAGCUAUUGUGUGUAAUAGUUUGCAACUUAAAUUAACAAAACUUUGCAACUUAAAUUAAGGAAACUUACUUCAGAUAGUUUCUGAGGGUUGGGGAUUUGGGAGCACUUGGUUGAGUGGUCCUGGAUUGGGCUCUCUCAGAAGUUGUAGUCACGAUACCAGCCAAGCAGGGCCACAUCAUUCGAAGGCCAGACUGGGGCUGGAGGAGCCUCUCACAGGCUGUCUCCCUCUAGUGGCUGUUGGUGGGAGGCCUCAGUUCCGUGGAGCUGCUGGAGGGUUCUCACAGCAGGGCGGCUGCCUUUCCCAAAGCCCGUGGCCCGAGAGUGAGAGCAAGGAGCAGCCCUGUGCCUUUCGUGAACUAGCCUUGGAGAUGGCACGCUGUCACUUCCAUCACAUUCUGUUUGCUAGAAGCGGGUCACUAAGUCCAGCCCAUCCUCAAGGGGAGGGGAAUUAGCCUCCAGUAUUGGAAGGGAUGAGCAUCAGAGAUUUGUGGACACAUUGGAAAACCCAGCGUUGGCAUCCCAGCACGUGAGGGUGAAGAAAAGCGGGGAGACGGAGUCUCUGCCCAGGUGGUGACCAGGUAGUGAGAGGCGGAGGCAGGAGAUGGACUGGAUUGAGGACCCCCCCGUCACCCAGAAUGCGUGGGGGGCUCGUCUGGAGGCUGGGGUGGAGAGACAGCUGGCUACGUGGGCCCCUUUCCUGAUCGUUUUUCCAGGCUGACUUGCUGGUCCUUUUGAUCCUCUGGGGCCCUGAGACCCUCAGUGUGCCCAUCGCGGAGAUGGGGUGGUAGCGUACUCCUCUCUGGAAGCAUCGUGGGUAUUAGCAAGGUCAUGGCAGACAUGGAGACAUCAAGGGGUUCAGGCACGUGCUCAGGGCCACCUGCGGCAGGCACGACUGUCCUGGCUGACCCCGCCACGGCACCGAGAGGGAGAGGGGAGAGCCUCGGGGGUGCUCGGCGCACGGGGGCAGGGCUGCUGUGGCCACUGAGCAAAGCUCUGGGGAAGGGGGCACCCAGCCCUUGGGGUGGUCUGUGCAGAGAAGCCCUUGGGGUGAGCCCAUCUGUCGGGGCACCGCCGCCGCAUCUGUGCGCUGUCCGUCUGGCGGGCAUUGAUCAUGAACUGGUGUGGCCGUGGGGGAGUUGUGCAGUCCCAGCUGGGGGCCAGUGCCGUGUGAUUGAUUUGGCCUGAGGCCGUGUGGUCUUUGACGUAAAUACCAAAUUGGCCCCCAGGAAAGUGUGCCCUUGCAGAACUUCUGGAAAGGGGGUGGUUCCAAUAAGACCCUGGCUUGGAGGAGAACGGGAAGGGCGCUCUGUAACCUCUUUCUGAGGAGUCAGGAGGCUGUGGCGUCUGCUGGAGAGACGGUCAGCCUCACGCGCUUUGGUUUCCUAUGCUGGGCGCUGCAGAGUGGCGGGGUCUGGGUGAGAGGGGGCAGCGGCACGAGAGUCGGGCCCCGGCUGCCACCCGCACUCACGUGCCCCGUCCCCAGGCACGGGCGAGAGCGGGAAGAGCACCUUCAUCAAGCAGAUGCGCAUCAUCCAUGGCGCCGGCUACUCAGAGGAGGACAAGCGCAGCUUCACCAAGCUCGUCUACCAGAACAUCUUCACCGCCAUGCAGGCCAUGAUCCGGGCCAUGGAGACGCUCAAGAUCCUCUACAAGUACGAGCAGAACAAGGCCAAUGCGCUCCUGAUCCGGGAGGUGGACGUGGAGAAGGUGACCACCUUCGAGCAUCAGUACGUAAGCGCCAUCAAGACCCUGUGGGACGACCCCGGCAUCCAGGAGUGCUACGACCGCAGGCGCGAGUACCAGCUCUCCGACUCUGCCAAGUACUACCUGACCGACGUUGACCGCAUCGCAACCUCGGGCUACCUGCCCACCCAGCAGGACGUGCUGCGGGUCCGAGUGCCCACCACUGGCAUCAUCGAGUACCCUUUCGACCUGGAGAACAUCAUCUUCAGGAUGGUGGAUGUGGGCGGCCAGCGGUCGGAGCGGAGGAAGUGGAUCCACUGCUUUGAGAACGUGACAUCCAUCAUGUUUCUCGUCGCCCUCAGCGAAUACGACCAAGUCCUGGUGGAGUCGGACAAUGAGAACCGGAUGGAGGAGAGCAAAGCCCUGUUCCGGACCAUCAUCACCUACCCCUGGUUCCAGAACUCCUCCGUCAUCCUGUUCCUCAACAAGAAGGACCUGCUGGAGGACAAGAUCCUGUACUCACACCUGGUGGACUACUUCCCCGAGUUCGACGGGCCCCAGCGGGACGCCCAGGCGGCGCGGGAGUUCAUCCUGAAGAUGUUUGUGGACCUGAACCCCGACAGCGACAAGAUCAUCUACUCACACUUCACGUGUGCCACCGACACGGAGAACAUCCGCUUCGUGUUUGCGGCCGUGAAGGACACCAUCCUGCAGCUCAACCUCAAGGAGUACAACCUGGUCUGAGUGCCCAGGCCCAGGGAGACGGGACGGAGACACGGGGCAGGACCUUCCUUCCACGGAGCCUGCGGCUGCCGGGCGGGUGGCGCUGCCGAGCCUGGGCCGGGGCCUCUGCCCGCGGGAGGAGUUUCUUUUUUUUUUUUUUUUUUUCAUACUUUUAACAAAUGGUUUUUAUUUCACAGUUAUCAGGGGAUGUACAUCUCUCCCUCCGUACACUUCGCGCACCUUCUCACCUUUUGUCAACGGCAAAGGCAGCCUUUUUCUGGCCUUGACUUAUGGCUCGCUUUUUUCUAAAAAAAAUGAAAAAAGAAAAAAAGCAACAAAACAUAAAACACACACACGCCCCACGCCCCCAGUGACUCCGGGCCUCACAGAGCCCCUGCCGGCCAGCAUGGGGGCCCCCGCCUCGCAGCCCCCGCGGCUGUCCUUCCAACCCCACGUGCUGCUGCUUUCUCCUUCCCGCUUCUUUUCUUCAUCACGAAAGGCGUGGAGACUCGGAGACUGACAUUUUCCCCCUUUUUUAAGUUAUUGACGCCCCGUGCGCCUCGCCUCUUCACGAAUCAAUGCUGUGCUUUGCUCACUGGACUCCUGAAGAGGGGGUGGGAGGCUCCCUCAGUCGUCCACCCUGGGAAGUGCCUAACCUUUUUUUUUUUUUUUUGAGGAAAAAGAAUGCCUGACUCACGGGUUGAAGAAAUGCCCUGGGCCCUCUCUCAUGGCAGGGUCCCCCGUCCCUCUGCAGAGGCUGGGAAGGGUCCCCGGGCUGGAGCCAUGGGGGCUCUUCUGGGCUGUGCCUCCAGGGCCAACACUGGCCUCUUGGGGCUGCCUGGGGACCCUGCCCUGGCUGGAGUGCACCCCACCGGAGCCCACAUGGGCUUGGCAGCUGGAGGGAUGGUUCCCCGGUGACACUGGGAGAAAGGCCACUUGGAUGGGGGCGUUUCUUUUCAUUUUGUUCUGCUUUGUGUUGUCACCAAUUUGGAAACAGUGAGGGUGGGGUGAGGACUUUUACAGAAUAUUCUCAGGUGUGUACCCGAGAGGCAGAGAGAGGGACGUGGCCGGCAGCUCUGUGCGUGGCCUUGUCCCAAGCACUUGCGCCCGCCCCCAGCCCCGCCCCGGGGGAGCCGAAGCCAGCACUCGCACUUUGGCCAGGGGUGCGUGGAAGGUGGCGGCAGGCACCGGCCUGGGCGGCCUCCAGGCCUGGCUGGCCACGGCCACGGCCCGAGGGGGAGCCCGCCAGGCCACGCCGCACUGAGCCACGGCCCCGGGGGCCGCUCCCGGGCCGGGCCCCCUUAGGCACUGAGGCACCGAGACUGGCUCUCCCUGAGACUCGGAAGGUGGGAACGAGGGGACUGUGUUUCGGGAGGUGGCUUUUUCGUCCACUGUUGACUGAACACCGCGGCGCCCUGUGGAUCCGGGCUUCGCACGGCUGUCCCAGGGAUGGAUCGCCCGUGCCGCCUUCGCCCGCCGCCACUCCGGGACCCUGCACGGCUGCUUCAACAGACGACAAGACACAGCCCCAAAAUACGACCACCCCGACCAGCAGUUCCUGCCCGCCCGCCCGCCUCUGUCAGGCCUGCCUUGGCCUCCUCGUCCGCACGGCUGUCUGCUGGCUUCCAGGGGGAGAAGAGCGGGGAGCCCCGUGGAGGGUGCAGGGGAGACGUGUGCAGGUCAGGGCAGCUACAUUUCUGGUGAUCAGCCCCACGGGGAGACGGGGCCGGCGGGACCCCCCCGGCUUCCCCACGCCACUUUUCUUCCGCCUCACCCAGAAGCGUCCUUUUUUUGUGCCAGGUGUCUACCUAAGAGGGUUGGCUCCAGAAGCCCCCCAUGGCGAGUGCUGGGGCCUGGCGAUGCCUUGGGGGAGCAGAUGGGGCCACCCCUGGCAGGGCCGCUGCAACCUUUUCCAGCAGCAGAGCCCUCUGGGGGGCUUGUGCUUGUGGCAUCUCUGAGGGCCCAAAUCGCAUAAGGUGACCUGGGCGUGGCCUGAGGGUGGAGUCGCCCAGCACGCGGGCCAGGGCACUGCCGGGCUAAGUAUUAGCCCUUCCCAGGGAGGGGGCUGUGCCAAGCAUCCCAGAGCCGGGCUGGGGCCGCCAAAACGUCUUGGCCUGGGUCCUCUGGGUCUGAGUGCCUGAUCCCCUGGCACCCCAAAAAAGCAGGGAUGCCUGCUCCAGGAGAGUCCCAGGCGGUGGUUGUCGUGCCAAUGGCGCCCAGGGGCAGGGACAGCCGACCCCCACCCUUGCCAUGUGUAGGGUGUGUGUUUUUACCUUGGUGAAUCUCACCUGCCAACGCUUUCUCGUGAGUGCCGACCACCUUCUCCGACCACAUCACGCCCAGGCGGCAGCAGCCCCUGGCCACCGCAAGACCCACACCCUGGGUCUCCCGGCUCCCACGGAGGGGCAUCCCCGUGCCAAUGUCCCCAGUGGUGGCAGCAGAUCCUGCGGCUGGCCUGGUGGACGGGACCCGGUGAUACUUGUAUAUUACACAGUCCUGAUUUCAGACAAUUUCAACCUUAAUCUAUUUAAAAAAAUAUUCUCUACAAGCUGUUUUUAAGCCUUUUACCAUUUGAAAUGCAUGUGUUGUGCGCGUUGAGGGAUGGGAGGAGGGGCUGAGGAGCGGCUCAGUGUCACCUCCCACAGCCACCGGCCCUGACCCUUAAUCCUGACACCGAUGGAAGUCGACUUUUCAUAUCUUUCUCCUGAAAUGAACUCUGUUUUAAAUUGGAAUAAAUUUUGUUCCUAAAUGC